GGCAGUGACCAGUGAGUACAUUUUGACAUGACAAUCAUAUGUUUCGUUCAACAUGUUAAAAUAACCUCAAUGUGUAUUAAUAAAUAUUUGUUUAUAUUUUAGUAAAUUUUAUGAAAGUAACUGAUUUAUUUUAUAUUUUAUUAAUAACUUCUACUACUACUUAUUUUAUUUGUAAUAAUUGAAGAUGACAAGGAGAAAACCGAAUAUUCUUAUUACAGGAACACCUGGAGUUGGAAAGUCAACGUUGAGUGAUGAAAUUUCCAAGCGCACAGGAUUCGAAUGGCUGGAAGUGAGCAAAAUUUCUAAGCAAUGUGGUUGUCUGACAGAUUAUGAUGAAAAAUAUGAAAGCUAUGUUCUGGAUGAAGAUAAACUUCUUGAUGAAUUGGAGAACAGAAUGGCCGAAGGGGGAAAAGUAGUUGAUUAUCACGGCAGUGAUUUUUUCCCGGAAAGAUGGUUUGACAUUGUGUUCGUGCUCAGAACAGAUAACACUGUUUUAUAUGAUCGUCUCACUCAAAGAGGUUACAACAAGAAGAAACUGGAGGACAAUGUGCAAUGUGAGAUUUUCCAAGUUCUUCUGAACGAAGCACGAGAUUCUUAUCAGGAGGAAAUAGUGCAUGAACUUCAGAGUGACAAUGAUGAUGACAUGAGCAAUAACAUUGAUAGAAUAGUGAAGUGGAUAGACCAAUGGCAGAAAGAUCACGCUACAUAGUUAGUUUCUUGUAUUUCAAAGUUUAAAAAUAAAUAUUUUAUAGGAUCUA